AUGAAGAAAUGUGAUGCACAUCAUAAUACUGAGCGUGUGACAAGAGAGCGCACUGCAAAUGAUCGAGAUCCACUGAUUAAGCCCCCAAUCGCUAUACCUGAGGAUCCCCACGAUAAUCAGAAUUUAGUAAGACUAACACAGAUAGCACUCGGCCGUCUAAGUACAAAUGUUCAUCAUACUAUUAUCAUGAUGAGUGUUACGCUUAUUCUGUCACCACUGUACUAG